AACCCUCCACCCGGUAGUUCUGUUCACACGUGUCCUUAAGAUGGAGCAGCCAAACACUGAAUCUAACAUAAACAUUGUGAAUGGAGAUGAUGAGCAGUUCACUGCUUUCCUGUCUUUGCACUCUGCUGCAUUACAGUCCUCAAGAAUCCCACAGCUGUAUUGGAAGAGCUUGUACUAUAAACUUAUCAACGAGUUGUACGAUGCAGGGGAAGUGUUCGGCAUCAUGCAGGUACUGCAGCACGAUGAAGAAGAGGAGGAAGAUGAGGAGAAAAGGAAGGCUAUUCCUGGUGUAGAAAUUAAAUGUAAAGUGAUUGUGACGAGGGGGAGUGGCUUGCAAGUCUCCGACCCAAACAGCAUCUUCCUGGUUGACCAUGCAUGGACGUACCGCGUUGAGAGUGCCAGGCAGCACCUGGAACAAAUCCCUGGCCUCCUGAACAGGAUGGCCUCCCUGAUGGGGGUUGACUUCCACGGAGAGGUCCCUGACCCAGAUGUUGUGGAGAUGGUGCUUGAGCGCAUGUGGAAGUACAACCAAACCUAUCAACUUGCCCAAGGGUCAGCAGAGGAGAAGGUUCCUGUCUGGUAUAUCAUGGACGAGUUUGGCUCCCAGGUGCAGCACUCGGACCAGCCGACCUGUAGCAUGGCCCCCUUCUUCUACACACAGGGCCAGUUGGCCUACACCAUCCUCUGGCCACUUAAAGACCUGCAGGAGGGAGAGGAAGUAACACGAGACUAUGCUUAUGGUGAGAGUGACCCUCUCGUGCGGAGAUGUCGGUUGUUGCCCUGGGUGCCAGCAGACUUGGAAGGGGUCAGCAGCUUGACUGCAGAACCCGCUGACCUUUACUAUGAGACAAUUUCACAGCAGAACAAGGAAACGCAUCCACUGGACAUUCAGCCUUACACUGUCCCCAAAGACAAAGUGCUCAAGGUUUACACAGAAAUGGCACAAGUUCGUAACAAUCUCCAUCACCCACGGUUCACCUUCACAGAGAAUGAGGAGGAAGCUGAUAUUCUCUGGACUUCCUCCCACAUCAGAGACUACAGGAAGCUGAGUGAAGUGCGUCCUCAUGUCAUGACCAAUCAGUUUCCAUGUGAAACGAUUGUCACAGUAAAGGACUGCCUGGCCGCUGUGUCGCGGAGGGCCCAUGGGAGCCAGGGAGCUGACUGGCUGCCAGAGACAUUCAACCUACAGACGGAGCUCCCUCAGUUUGUCAAAUAUUACCAGCUGAGACAGGAGAGGGGAGAAGACAACCAUUGGAUCUGUAAGCCUUGGAACCUAGCCCGUGGGCUGGACACCCACAUUACCAAUAAUCUUGACUACAUCAUCAGACAGAGAGAGAGCACCCCUAAGGUGUGUUGUAAGUACCUGGAGGAUCCGGUGCUCUUUGAGAGGGAGGAGGUGGGGAUGGUGAAGUUUGACAUCCGCUACAUGCUGCUUCUGCGCUCUGUUCAGCCUCUCCGCCUUUACGCCUACAAUGUGUUCUGGCUGCGCUUUGCCAACAGGCCUUUUUCUCUGGACCACUUUGAUGAUUACCAGAAGCACUUCACGGUCAUGAACUAUGCAGAGGGAGUCCAGCUCAAACAGGUUCACUACGAUGAAUUCAUUCCCAUGUUUGAGAAGCAGUAUCCUCAGUAUCCAUGGAAAGGGCUUGAGGCAGAGGUGUUAAAGGCAUUUGCGGAGCUCUUUCAGACAGCUUCGUCCCGGCCACCCCCAUAUGGCAUCAGUGCAUACCCCUCCUCCCGGGCCAUCUAUGCUGUAGACCUCAUGCUCAAGUGGGGAACUGGGGAAAGAGGUGAACCUGUGAUGAAGCCUCAGAUCCUGGAGGUGAACUUCAGUCCAGACUGUGCACGUGCCUGCCUCUAUCACCCUGGCUUCUAUGACCACAUAUUCCAGACACUCUUCCUGGAUGAGGCCGAUCAGUGCCCUGUUACUCAGGUCUCUUGAUAACCUUUGAACCUUGUGAGCAUUGACCCAUGCAUACCCUUGUGUACUGUAAUGCAUAUCGCAUGGUUUUGUAUCAAAGGUGCCAUUUGGACAAAUAUUUUUUCUUGCAGGAAUUGAAAGUGUAAGGAUCUACUGUGGACUAAUACAUACCACUCUUUCUCACACACACACACACACAGCCUUCUGCUUAUCUGUAUUCUUUGGUGUAGAGCAGGAGAAUCGUAACAGCUUUGCACUGUUCUUCUCUUCUGUGGGUUUCUGACUAUUCUCUCCCUUAUGCAUAAUAAACUAUUAUUUUCAUAUUUUCUGAUUGGCAUUAAACAUCAGUCAUGUUACAAUAA